AUGGAUCCCUUCUCAGCAUUCACGUCGGUGGUCGCGGUCAUCGAGCUGGUCGGGAGGGUAUCGAUCUCGGCGGCGUCCCUGAUGCGCGAUGUCAAGGACGCGAGGACGGACAUGAUCCAGGUCCGCAAGGAUCUGGGGGGCCUGUCCGCGGUCCUGAAAAUGGUGGACGAGGAUCUGUCCCUGAGGAACCGCCGCCCCGACGCGGCCGUCGACGGCAUCGCGAACAACUGCCUCGCGGUCUUGUCAGAAAUCGAGGCGGUCCUCGGCGAGGGGAGGUCCCGGUUCGCGUGGGCUGCGUCGAGAAAGGAAAGGGUGGACAAGCUUCGGGCGAGGCUCAAUGAGUAUACGCUGUGGCUUGAUGUCGCACUGGGCUACAGUACCAGGGUCGUCGUCCACGAUAUCAAGAGCGACACGGCGUCCAUCCUCGGGAAAGUCGACAAUAUCGAGCGGUACAUACUGCGCAGAACGUGGGCGGAGAUCACCAAGCCUGGCAUGAGAACUACCGUGAGGAUGUGUCCCCCCGCGCAAACGGCCCCAGGGGUCUCGCACUCAAGACAACCGCAACAGCUACCAUGGCAAGGGCCGUCGGGCGCGCCUGGUACUGCCAUUGCAAAUGCCACCAUCGCAAAGGCUGCCGGGCGCACCUGGUGUGGGUGGGCUACAUGCACCUCAACCAACAAAUCACCACGGUUCGCUACAGCCGCCGCCGGUUGCGGCUGCCGCCACCACAAAGACUGCCAGGCGCACCUGGUGUGGGUGGGCUACAUGCACCUCAACCAACAAGUCACCACGGUUCACAACAGCCGCCGUCGGUUUCGGCUGUCUCGGCAGUACUUGAACUUGUGGGCAUCUCAAGAAGCAUGCGAGGGCUUUCAAGAGGUGGUCCGCAUGCUUGAUCUUGUCAUGGAGAUGGAGAUUGGUAACGUUUGCAAGACGCGGCAAGAGAAGUUCUUUCAUUUUGGGAGAAGGGGAGAGGGCAAGGUUACCAAUUCCGCAUGA